AUGUCUGAGGUUGGGAAUGUGUCCCCACUGCAGACUGUGAUGGUGCAGUGUGGAGAGCACAACCUGCUAGUGAGGGCCCAGCUGGAUUUAUUUGGAACUGGGCACCUGAUUAAAGCUGCUGACCUGACAUUGGGGACAGCAGGUUGUCCCUCAACCAGGGUCUACCCUGAGAACCAGACUGUCCUCUUUGACUAUGGGCUGCAUGAGUGUGGUAGUAGAUUGCAGAUGACUGGAGAUUUCCUGAUCUACACCACCCACCUGACCCACAUCCCAAACUAUCCUGGAUCUGUCAUUGUGAGAACAAAUGGAGCUGUUGUUCCCAUUGAAUGUCGGUAUUUCAGGAAGGGCAAUGUGAGCAGUAAUCCCAUCAAGCCCACCUGGAUCCCAUUUAGCUCCACCAGGUCUGGAGAAGGGCAUUUGUCAUUCUCUCUGCGUCUAAUGAAUGAUGAUUGGCUUACAGAGCGCACUUCCACUGUCUACUACCUGGGAGACCUCAUUCACAUUGAGGCAUCUGUUUCAAUGGCCAACCAUGUGUCCCUGAAGCUGUACAUUGAUCGCUGUGUAGCUACACUGAGCCCAGACAAGGACUCCACCCUGAGAUACAGCAUCAUUGACUACAAUGGUUGCCUCCUGGACAGCAAAGCUGAGGACUCCUUUUCAACCUUUGUGUUGCCCAGAGAUGGGCGGGAGCCGGACAAGCUCCAGUUUGACUUGGAUGCCUUCCGUUUCUAUGGAGAUGAGCGAUCCUUGAUAUUCAUCACCUGUCACCUGAGAGUUGCUGCAGUGGAUCAGGGAGAUUCCAGGAACAAAGCUUGUACUUUCCAGAAGCUGGAGCAUAUGUGUGGAGUCAGAGCUGGUUGUGAUGGUGGUCCUGACUGUGACAGCUGUCUGUCUGAUCUCUGCAUCAUUGCUGGCCUUCCUCCUGUACAGGAGACACAAGCAAACACCCAUCAACUGGUGAUUGAAAUAGUCAAUAAAGCAGUGAUUCAUGGUGUCUUCUGUCUGGAGCUGACUGUGAUGGUGCAGUGUGGAGAGCACAACCUGCUGGUCAGGGCCCAGCUGGAUUUCUUUGGAACUGGGCACCAGAUUAAAGCUGCUGACCUGACCCUGGGGACAGCAGGUUGUCAGCCAACCAGGGUCUACCCUGAGAACCAGAUUGUCCUCUUUGACUAUGGGCUGCAUGAGUGUGGUAGUAGAUUGCAGAUGACUGGAGAUUUCCUGAUCUACACCAUCCACCUGACCUACAUCCCAAACUAUCCUGGAUCUGUCAUUGUGAGAACAAAUGGAGCUGUUGUUCCCAUUGAAUGUCGGUAUUUGAGGAUGGGCAAUGUUAGCAGCAAUCCCAUCAAGCCCACAUGGAUCCCAUUCAGCUCCACCAGGUCUGGAGAAGGGCAUCUGUCAUUCUCUCUGCGUCUAAUGAAUGGUGACUGGCUUACAGAGCGCACUUCCACUGUCUACUACCUGGGAGACCUCAUUCACAUUGAGGCAUCUGUUUCAAUGGCCAACCAUGUGCCCCUGAAGCUGUACAUUGAUCGCUGUGUAGCUACACUGAGCCCAGACAAGGACUCCACCCUGAGAUACAGCAUCAUUGACUACAAUGGUUGCCUCCUGGACAGCAAAGCUGAGGACUCCUUUUCAACCUUUGUGUUGCCGAGAGACGGGCGGGAGCCGGACAAGCUCCAGUUUGACCUGGAUGCCUUCCGUUUCUAUGGAGAUGAGCGUUCCUUGAUAUUCAUCACCUGCCACCUGAGAGUUGCUCCAGCAGAUCAGGGAGAUUCCAGGAACAAAGCUUGUACUUUCCAGAAGCUGGAGCAUAUCUGGAGGCCAUUGGAGGGGUCAGACAGUGACAUUUGUGCCUGUUGCCAUGUGGGGAAUUGUGGGAGCACAAGGGAGAUCCUGAUCCCUUUCAGAGGAAGGAGAGACCUUGGCACUGAAGCUGGUAGGUCAUUGACCCUCUAG